CUAUUGGAAUAAAUAUGAACAAUUUAUUAACAUUUUCCUCGUCAGAUGGUGACACUAAUCGUGCAAUGGCCGCACCCGAGCUGGCAACCUAAAGCACGUGUACUUUGUGGAAGUUUUGCUUUAAUUUACUUUAAUAUGAUACAAGAAACCGAAAUAAUGUUAGGUAGUCAAUCUGCCGCACUAAACAAUCUUUCUCGACCGGACGGUUCGGCUAUUUAUUCUCAAGGUGAUACAGUCAUGCAGGCUGCAACGUAUGGACCAAUUCAAGCAAGGUAUCACAAAGCUUAUGUAGACAAGGCAGUUGUGGAAGUUGCAUACCAGCCUAAAAUCACUCCAAGAGGUUGUAAGGAAAAAAAUAUCGAAAGAAUCCUGAGAAAUACUUUGGAAAACAUCAUCAUUCUGUCGUCGUUUCCUCGUUCCGUAUUAUCCGUCACCAUCCAAGAAGUUCAGAAUCGGGGAAGCUUACUUUCAUGUAGUAUAAAUGCAGCAUGUUUAGCCAUUAUUGAUUCAGGAAUCCCCAUGAAGCAUACUAUAGCUGCUGUAGACGCUGUUUUAUUAGAAGAUGGAAAAAUAGUUGUAAAUCCUACGUCGAAAGAGGAAAAAUUGGCCAAAGCACAGUUCACCUUAGCUUUCGAGACAGUCAAGUUUCGGUUAGUCACGAUGAACACUUGCGGUCGCUUCACUCUGAAAGAAUUCGAAAACUGCGUGGAAGCGUGCCGUUCCGCAGCCGGUAAAGUAGUUGACUUCUAUCGUUCUCUGAUCUCUAGGAGAUUCAGCAAACAGAAAACAUCAGACAUGCAACACGAAGUGGAUCGGGUAUCCGAGACCUUUCACAAAAACUUCAACGUUAACAAAGAGGAAUCCGAGGAUUCGGACUGAACACAGUUAAAUCCCCUUCUGUACAUACUUUCAUAAUAAAUUUUAUGGCUAUUACUUAAAUUAGUCUCGUUUUUGCGACUUGGUCUGGUAAGAAAAUUGAUUCCUUUCUUAAGCAAGAGGUGGCACAAACUGAAAAAGUUUUUCUUGGCGAGGAUAUUCAGUUGUCGAAACUCGUAUAUCACUAGAUUAGUUCCGGUGUCAGUUCGGAUGAUAUGUCCCGGCUGCAUUCGACAUAUUAAUUACCUUCUGUAUCAAAGUGUCGAGUGCCAUCAAACCGGUACUCCCUUCGAUAUAUUUUAAUAUGGACCUAGCGAUUGUCGGCUGUCCGGCCAUCACCAUUUACCUCGGAAAGGUUAGAAAAAUGCAAGUUGUAAACCUUAGGAAAAUCGAUAAUGAUCUAUCGAUUGUAAUUGUGGGAUACUCUACGAAUGGGGGUUAAGUUGCUCCGACUGCAACUGGGCUCGGAAUGAAGAUUGUAAAGUUGUUUCUUCGUAGACAGGACCACCGACGUACGCGCUUGACAGGAAGUGGAACGUGUAACAGAUACGAUAACUUUUUUCAAGAAGGGUAACAAAGAUCUCCAUCGUUAGAGCAACGGUUGACAGGAAGGUGAGAGUUAUCUUGUCAUUGACAGAUCGCUUCUGCCUGAUCGUGUUGCCUAUUUAUGUUUAUCUAAUCACUGACCGAAGCUUUUUUUCUCCCAGCAGUUUUGCAUCCGACUAUCUGCAGACGUACUGUACGUAUGAAUAUUUAACACCGUAACUCGAUACAUCAGAUUUCGAAUGGCGUGCUUAUCUGGCGUAAAAUCCCAUUUAUUACGUUGUGUAAUAAUUAUGAAUUACUUUAAUUACCGUUAACGGGAUCCAAAAAAUUAAGAUAUCAAAAAAAAUGCCAUUAGUGAUUGCCGAAGCCGACAGAUGGCGUUAAGCGUUCUAGUGGCGCUACACUUGCGAAAUUAAAUUCGUAAGAAGGGUAUGAAGUGAAGAAGGCGAAAGGCGUGCACGGUUGAUCGGGAGGGCGGGAGAUUAGCCGGUUUAUCGAAGACGGCUGGGGACGUUGUCGUCGAAAGUGAGAAACAAAGAGAAUUGACAGCUUCCUGUAGUUUAAUACAUCAUCCUCCUCUAAUGGUUGCUGACGGCAGAUCGGCAGAAAAAGCCCUGUCUGUUCUCGUUACGGUUGCUUCUAACCCGGAUAAACGAGUGGAAGAGUUUUGACGGAUGAUUACUACACUCAUCUGCAUGUGCGUUGGCCCCUGGUGUAGGAAGGAUCGCAAUAGGGGACCACGGGGCCACAUGUUGGCAAUAGACUGUCAAAUUUCCCAGCCGCCGACUAUACUCGCGGGAGUCGGGAUGCAGACGCAACCAAUAAGUGCAUUCUCAAAAAUGUCUGUCUGGGGACCCAUUACCACCGCCAGAUGAAAUUCCUGAUGCUCUUUCUUUUGUGGCCCCAUUUCCUAUUCUGCUUUGCUUUCAACGAUCCUCGAUCUCUGAUGGACACGCUGCUGGCUUUCUGAUGGAGAGAAGUUUUCUCUAUUGCCUUCGCCUCUUUGCAGAUGAAAAAUGUGGCCCCUAUCGAUAACUUCAAUUUUAAAGCGUUUAGCCGCGUGUCAUCCAAUUAGGGAUAUGCAAUAAUAAUAAAAUCUUUACGAGUACUCUAAAACGGCUUUUAUACAAUAGCCAGCCGUGGGGAAUUCCCCAAUAUUUUAAGGCAUUUUAAUGGUUAUAAUAUAUCAUUGGCCACUUCUCAAACUACGGACGAACUCUGCAAAAUUUUCUAAAAAAUCCAUAAAAUUAAAGAAUCGUGAUUUAUGUAACAUAAUUCGAAGCAGAGGUGAGUGUUCUGAACUCAAAUGGCACUUCUGUCUGCCAAAAAUGACCUAUUAUUCUACGGGGACUCAUCAAUUUGGGAUGAAUUUUGAUCUUGGCAAAGUUGCCAAGAAACGGUUACAUCGGAUUUCUCUUUAUUCCUUACUAAAUUCGUGAUUUUCGUCCGAGAAGAACGUACUGUCAACCUAAAAGUCGAUAAAAGGGCAGGACUGUAUCUGUCACGUGUUGACAAAACAUGCUUAAGUGGCAGAGGCCUCCUCCUCUUCCUACAGAAUUAAUUAAGCCGGAGACGGUCAAACUAGAUUUGUUCCAGAUUCUUGAUACGUCUUUAUUACUAAGUUAGAAACCGACUGAGUUUAAGGACCGAAAAUUUGUAAUUAUGAUGCUGUCGUUAUAGUAAUUACUCUGUGUAAGGCCAAUAUCGUAUAUACUUUCUGUACUAAAUUCGAUUUUUGGUCGUAUUGUUUAUGCUUCUGUAGUAACAGUUUAUACAUUGCUAACUGCCGAACUCUUCUAUUAUCUUGCAAAAGGUGUAAUUAUAGUUUAACAAUAAAAUGCAGAUGUCGCUGCUGAGCAAUAAACAGCAAUGUAAUUUUUAUACAUUUCUUACUUUAAAUAUGCUGCUACGGUUUCCAUAUUUAUAGAAAAGUCAUUGCGAGUUAACUAUUAAAUGGAGGACAAACUACUGUAGUAAUCUAUUGUAAACAAUGCCUUUUACGUGCUGUAACAGUAAUACGUUGGCCCGACAGCCGUUACUGUAUUACAAAAUGAAUAUUAAUGCUACCGUAGCAAUAUAUUGUUAAAAUUAACCAUUGAGUAUACCAAUGUCAAAUUGUGGUAAUUUGUCGGAAAUUGAUUAACGAGAAGGCCCGGUUAAGAUUUUAAUAAAGAGAAGAGGCCUUGUCGAUAUGCAUUGCAGAGGAGAAGAAAUCGAAGGGUUCAUAAUUAAAAGCCAAUCUCACAGGAAGGAAGAGAAAGCUGGUGAUAAUAAAUUUCGCUUUCUUUCCUUUUCUUGUUUUCAACUUUGCCAAAAAAUAAUGGAUGAGUGCGAGAAGUGAAGCUGAAUAUGACAGCCAGGAAGGAGAAGGAGUGUAAUUUAGAAGGAGUGUAGAUGGUAUUUUCGAAAAAUUGCACACUUUCCCCUUCUCUCGAAAAGGAAUGAAAGAAGGAAAAGAUAGAAGGAGCGUGAAAUGCGAUGCACAAAAAACACUUCACCUAUUGUAUUUUAAUUCCAAAAAACAAGAAAUUUAGGAGUUAGAUGGAAACACUUGCUUAUUUAGGUAUUUCCUAAUCAAGUAAGUGUCUGGUAGGACGAAUAGGAAGAGACAAAAAUGGGGCCAAGUAGAAGUUAUUGUUUUAUUUGUCGCUAGGAGGUCACUUUGUCAGAUGAAAUGGGACUUGAUCACGCCACGUCCGUGACGUCGAUGUUUAAUUGUUUAUUUUAUGGAAGACCCUCCGCUAUAUUUAAAUUUUCUUAAAAUAAUCGUCUUCCGAUACUCUUUACGAAAUUUCUCGACAGCUUUGCCAUUAAUUUUCGGGAUUUUCUAUCUCUCUGGAGGGUGAUUUGGUGAAAUUUGAAGCAAGUCUGGUUCCUAAAUUAUAUAUUAAAAUUAAAUCGAUAUUUUUAUCUUUUGCAAGUUUUAGGAUUUUUGGGCAAUUGAUAGUUUCUUACAAUUUUUAUUUUAUUUUUUGAACUAAUUCGUCAACGUCAGCAUUUACGCACCAGUUUUUGUGUAUAUUCAAUACAUUGUUGGGUAAGUGGAAUGAA